AUGGAAUUUGCUCAGAUCUAAACAUAAAACUAAAGUUCUAAAGGUACAGCUGAUUCAAAGUAUUUAAGUGCAAAAGAUGAUCCAAAUAUUAAAUUUGAAGAUGAAAAUAAUGCUGAUCAACCACUACUUCAGAAUACAAAUGAAAAUGAAAUAGACUAAGCACUUAAAUAAUACAGAUAAUCUUCCUCUGCUAACUAUUCAAACAAAAGGCCAAAAUAAGGUACUGUAGCAAGUACAAAUGCCUUAACAUCAAGUUUUUCAUAAGCAAAUCCUAAUAUUCAAACUAUUAUUACUGACCCGAGAUCAACUUUAAUUUCUAAAAGUGAUAAUUGUGAUCCAGUAUGCACAACUUUUACAUCAGAUGCGAAGGGACUAAAGAUGAAGGUAAAGAAGGGAAACAAAUAUAGAAUAAUCCAACAAUUACGUUUGUCUACCUAUUCUUCACCUGUGGAAGAAUGGAAUUUUGGAUUUGGUGGUCUUGUAUUUUACUCUAAUGGUAAAAUUAAUGGAAUAGAAUUUAAAGCAGGUGAUGUUUUUGUUUUCACUGAAUUCUUUUUGAACUCAGCAGUUGAUCAGAAUAAAAAUUAUGAAAGUGCAAUUCAUGGCAAAAUAACUUAUUAUUUGUUCAAUAUGUUGCCAAGUGACCCUAAUCUAAAGAGUUAUUUGAUUGAAGGAUUUGCUAGAAGGAAAGGUUAAAACUAUGAAUUUAAAUCAACAUCAACAACUGCUAGGGUAAAUGAGUAUUCAAACGAUUAAAGAGAAAUGGAUAAGAAUAUGCAGAAGGUACUGUAGAAGGCACUUGAUGCAUGGGAAGCUGGUUUAACUGUUAAUUAAAUUCCAGUAAUAAGACUUAUGGAUGAUAGAGUAGCAUUUAAUCAGCUUUAUGAAUCAAAGUUAUACAGAGUUGUUAAUUAUGUUAAUCCUGAUGUCAUUUUUCUUGGUGAAGUACCAUUACUACAAAAUCUAAUGCACUCCUCAGCAGAAGAGAGUAGUGGAGAGGAGAUAGAGCCUCUUAGGUAACCAUUUAAGAGCAAAACCCCUUAAAUUAUAAGAAAUUAUUGCUGCUCUUGCUCCACAUUCUGA